AUCGACUACUACGAGAUGCUAAAGUACAGUUCGCUUAGGAGUGGAUUCCAGAGAAUCGGCAGCCGCCGUGCCAACGGUGCGCUCAACAGAGUGGUCUCUCGAGCACGGUCAGCGGCCAGUGAUGGUGCAGAGGCCACCCCUGCAAGCUACACUGGAGGCCCUGUUGGUUUAGAAGGGGCUGGCAUUCUGUCCGAUCGAGACGUGACAUUCAUGCUCGAAGAGCUGAUUGACACCGAAGGUCUGCUGAAGAGGCCGUACUACGCCGAACACUCCAUGCCCACAAUCAAGGAGUACUACGCCACUCUAACAAAUGUGGCCAACACCCAUUUCAAACCACACAAUGUGGAGCUGGAUAAAAACCCUCCUAUAUUCGUCGAUGGCAGAGCUCGCGUCUCGUCAGUGAUCGCACCCGCAAUCGAAACUCUUGCAGAAACUGGGUUUAUGGCCGCGUCAUUGCCUGAGGAACACGGCGGUCUCCAGAUGCCACACACAGCACAAAUGAUUGCCGAAAUGAUUAUCGGAUCAGCGAGCAUGUCUAUAUCCUCAUACCCUUCUCUGGCUAUGGGUGUGGCAAAUGUGCUGUCGAGAUUCGGAUCUGACGAACAGAGAGAAAGGUUCCUACCGCACAUCCUAUCGGGUCGAUUCAUGGGUACUAUGUGCCUCUCAGAGCCUCAGGCAGGGUCAUCGCUGGCUGACAUUUCAACCAUUGCGACGGAGAUGGACUCGGAGGGAGGUAAUGGCAAGAGAUUCAGUGUGAAGGGAAACAAGAUGUGGAUUAGUGGUGGCGAGCAGGAUGCGACGGACAACAUAAUCCACUUGGUCCUUGCGAAAAUCAAAUCACCGGACGGAAAGGUUGCACCCGGUGUCAAAGGCAUCUCCAUGUUUAUCGUACCCAAGCACGACUUUGACUUUGAUGGCGAACCACCCGAGGUCGACCUGAAGGGCCACAGCACAAAUGGAAUUGAACUGCUUGGAUUAAAUGAGAAAUUGGGGUGGAAGGGAACCACAAAUACCGCACUAAGCUUCGGAGACAGCAGUGAAAGCGUGGGAUACUUGGUUGGUGAACCGGGCCGUGGGCUUGAGUACAUGUUCCUGAUGAUGAAUGGUGCGCGAAUUGGUGUUGGAUUGGCUGCUACAGCACUAGGUGGUCUUGGAUAUCGAGCUUCCCUCGCAUAUGCACUGGACAGGAGACAAGGCCGACCUCAGGUCAAAUCGAAGGACGGACCAGUGGCCCAGGUACCCAUCAUACAGCACGCAGACGUUCGCCGUAUGCUGAUGGCACAGAAGUGCUACGUAGAAGGCAGUCUCUCAUUGUGCAUGUAUGCGGCGUAUCUGCUGGAUGACUCUAAAACCGCAGCAACGCCCGAAGAGCGCAAGACAUCGUUCGAGAUGUUGGACCUGCUCACACCCGUUGUCAAGUCGUACCCCUCUGAGUGGUGUCUGGAGGCGAAUAAGUGGGCCAUUCAAAUCCUAGGCGGAUGUGGCUACACCAAGGACUUCCCAGUGGAAGAAUUCUACAGAACGAAUCGCCUGAAUAUGAUCCACGAGGGCACUAAUGGCGUACAAUCAUUAGAUCUGCUGGGCAGAAAGAUUGCCCGAGACAAUGGAAAGCAAUCACAGCUGCUGUACAAGGACAUGCGCGACAGCUGUGAGAGUGCCAAAGCUCUUGGUAACAACAAGAUGGCCAUGCACGCGCGUGAUCUUGAAUCAGCCAUCAACGAGGUGGAUUCGGCGACCAAGACGUUGCUAUCCGAAUCAAAAUCUGUGGAUGGCCUUCUAUGUAAUUCGCACGAGUACCUCAACAUGUUUGGAACCCUCAUCAUGUCCUGGAUGUGGCUGAAACAGGCGUCCAUUGCCACGAAACAGUUGGAAACAAACAGUUUAAUCAGCGAUACUGAUCGAGUCUUCUACGAGGGCAAGCAGCUGGCAUGUGAAUACUUCUACAGAUAUGAUACACCUUCUAUCACAACGAAAGCGCGACUGGUGUCUUCGCUCGACGAUACGCUGCUGCGUGUAGAUCCUGUGCACUUCUAAUUACUCAACUUGUACGCCUUAAACCUUUGCUGCCUUAGUGAAGUCACGUUGGUUUAUGUACAACUAAAAGUAUUAAAAAAACAUUAAAAAUGUACACAUG